AUCAACAAGACUGAGCUGGUACACUUUGCCUCCAAACACCAGAAGAAUGCACAGCCAAUGUCGAGCUUCAUUGACGGCUUCAACGACGCUUAUGAGGGUUCUACGCUCAAGAUUCUUGGUGUUAUCAUUGCAGUUGACAAUGAGGGUAAUUUGGACUGGAGCAAACACUUCGAGUAUUUGAGAACCAAGGUUGCGAAUCUAGAAAAGGAUUUCAAGAGAAUUGUCAAAAUGACGUAUGGGCUUGAUGUGGUGUCUGCCUUGCAAGUUUACAAAACCUGCAUCCGGUCUGCUAUCACUUACGGAAGUGCUGCAUGGUAUGAACCUUGCGACAAACCUUGGUAUCUCAGCAGUGAUAUCGGCACCACAGGUCCUCCGGAUUCACAGGUUCAUCUUGACACCGCAUUUAAUGACAAUUUAGACCACUUUCAGAACAAAUUUCUCCGCGUUAUCCUAGGGGCAUUCCAAAUGACCCAUCGCCCAUACCUUUGGAACGAGCUGGGGAUUGAAAGGCUGGAUCUUUUUGUAUACAUGUCAGCAGUAACUACACGCGCAAAUCUUAUCGAAACCGACGUCUGGAAGACUAUUGUGCAUGCGAAAAGUCGUGUGGAGACAUUU